AUGGACAUUGGCGCGCACUGCUCGAUCUCUUCCUGCCACCAGCAGGACUUUCUGCCGUUCACGUGCGACUGCUGCCGCCGCGUCUUUUGCCUCGACCACCGCAGCUACGACGCCCACCAGUGUCCAAGCGCUGGCAGCCACGACCGCCGCGUCGUGCAGGGCAAUGCGCUCGCCAGGAGCUCCAACACGAGCAAGCAAAAAAGGCACGAGGUGCAACAUAAGAAGAAGAAGAAGAAACGCUGUGCCGCUCCCGACUGUCGGGAAGUGCUGCUCGCGUCCAACCAGUUUUCGUGUCGAAAGUGCAGCCAAGACGUGUGUCUACGGCACCGAUUCGAGUCCGAUCAUGCCUGUGCGAGUGCAAGACAAGCGUCACGACGGCAGUGGCUCGGGCGGUUCGAGACGUCCGAGGCGAGUCUUGCUACAAGGACGAAGAGAACGUUACCGUCUCAGUUGCCUCGGAGUGCACCGCAAAUAGCUGCUUUAGUUGUCGAGAGCACCAAGCAGGCAGUUUCGUCGCUUGUGCAGAACGUCAAGACUGCAGCCAGUACUACUGCCGUGACGACGACGUCUGAAGUCUGUCCCAUCUGUCGGCAGCAGUUUCACGACGUGAGCCAGCUCAUUGCACACGUAGAUCGAGCCCACAGUGACUGGACUGGCCAGACAAGAGCGUCUUCUGCAGCUCCUCCUGAGUCAGCUGUGUCUACUGGAACACCUUUGGUUGAAAGAGAAGUGUGUCCGCAAUGCCGAGCUGACUUUCCGACUGUGGCUGCACUUAUCCAGCAUGCUGAGACCACGCACUCGAGUGCUGUAGCUGCCACUGGACGUGGCCACGAUCAGGAAAAGUGCAACGUGAUGUAG